GGAACAUUGAGAAGAACACACAGCGACAGCACGGUAGAGUUGUUGUGCGAAUGAGUACCUAUUUUUAGCAAGUCGAGUUGUAACAUCAAGUGGACGGUCUUGCCGUAGUUUCUUUUGAGAUACAUUUACCUUUUCUCUGAGACAUCGAGUGAAAUAGAAGACCAACUCUACAUCAAAGCAACUACACUUCUCACGGCGAAAAGUCAAACGUUAAUGAAUAUCCAGAAAACAAGUAGACCGAAUCGGAGUCAGUCCGGAAGACGAAGGGAAAGAGUCUGUAGAAAUAGGCGGUUUAUUUAUUCCGCCUUUACAGGCCUGUACGAAAACGCUCGGCGCAUUUUCUUGUCGGCUUCGGCAAGGGAAAAUCAUGAAAUAGCGUUGAUCACCCAGCACGAGUCACGGCGAUGACAAGAACCGCCCAGACGUAGUACAUCAAGAAGCCUCGAAAAACAAGCGCGGAACGGCAACGCACCAUCGUUACGGUUAUUUUCAGCGCAGAACAGGUGUACUUACACGAGGACCGACGUAAGGAUAGGUGGAGCCUUGUAACUCGGAGAUAAACAUUCCAACAAUACGAACACGAACAACGACUCCAGGGUAAACAAGAAGAUUAUGCCGUCAUCUGUGGUCCACGACCAGCUACAGGAGAUGUUGCACCAGGCCGCCGCCCAUGGAGCAUUGAAUAACCCAAUCGCAGAAGUCGUCGCGAGUUUACAACAAGAUGCGAAUGACGCAGCUUCUCUUGACAACUCCAUGUACGACUACACUGGGAUCGGUUCCUCCAAGCAGGUGCACAACCACUACAAGAACCCCCCGUUUCACAAUCUUCACACCGCCGGAGUUGCUUCCUCGGCAACAUUUUUCACACCGCCGGAGGACUUUUUUUACGAAUACAGCUACAUGGUGCCCCCCGAUGCUGAGUCGCUCAACAGCUACUUCCAGCAGCAACUCUUCCAGCCGAUCUGCUUUACCUGUCUACGCAACACAAAUUUUUUCCCGUACACGAUGCGCACGCUAACUUAGUAGAGCGUCCCCCUCCCGCCAAAUGUCAUGCUAAGUAGGAACGAAGAAAAGUUUUGUCAUGCAGAUGAAACAGUACGCGGGCGUAGGUGUACGAGAAAUUUACUGUGGAUAUUGUCUGGUGUUCUUCACAAGCUGCUUUGUGCUGAGGGACUGGGGCAGACUCGGCGAGUUUUUGCAGGAGGCCGUGGGAAACCUGGAAAACGUGGUGAUGCACGGUCUCCCCUUGGUGAUCCUCAUGAUCUCUUCGGUCAAAUCAACGAUAUGGCUGAGCUAUCAAUUGCAAAAGCAUCGUACUCGUACAAAUUGCAUUACAAAUUAGCCCAGCAUUACAAAUUAAAUUUGUAAUGCUGAUUUACCUUGAGAAAAAGUUUCUUGGACCGUAAAAGUGAGAAUAUACGUCUCCAGUAAUUGAGAAAGAGAUUUGUAAUGCAUAAAUGCAUCUGAUGCUACGAGUACGAUACUUUUGCAAUCCAUAUGAGUUGUCUGUGGGACCUGUACGAUGUCGAUGGGUUGUGGUACAAGGGAGUGUAUCCUGUGCAAAAGUAUCGUAUUCGUAUUGCAAUCAUGCAUUACAAAUCCUUUUGCUAAGGUAAAUCCGCAUUACAAAUUUUAUUUCUCAUGCUGAGGAAAUUUGUAAUGCAUUUACACGAGUACGAUACUUUUGCAAUUCAUAGAGUGUUGGUCACCACCAAAUACACAACAGCAGUGGCAGAACUCGGGACGGAAGAACAGCACAUGAUGGACAUGACUAACAGCAACGAAAUGGUACCAUACCCCUCCUCCUACAACUUCCAGCCAGCGGAAACAAUCUACGAGGAGCACAACCUCACCGUGCCGAUGAAAGGAUUUGUCUUCGUCGGCUUCCUCCUGCACUUUAUCAGCAAAGCGCACAGCCUGGCGGAGCGGGCCCUCCGGAGCACGGACUUCUGGGAAGUUUGGCGAUUCUGCUGCGGUUGUGUCAUGUCUCUGUUGAGAUGUUUUGGCGGAAGUAGAAAAAUGAGUAACAUCGGCGGUGGAAGCUCGGAGAAUAGCAAUAGUAGAGCUGUGAGUAAAAUAAACGGUCGUAGCAGCGGUACUAUCGGAGAAGGAGAUAAUCAUGAUUUUGAACAGCACCACAGCCAACGUGGCGAAAACAACAUGAGCGGAGGACAUCCGGGAACUACGUCCUCAUCGACUACAUCAUCAAACCCCCAAGAACACUACACAGAAACAACUACACGACCAAACGACCCCGAAACUAGUCCGACCGAAACCUGGUCGCUUGCGCUCGCACUGCGGGCCAAAAUUAUUUGCUCUCCCUUGUUGCGAGCGUUUUGUUCUCUCACUUCUCCAUCCUCAACCCCCACGAAGCCCAUUUCCUGGCAGAAGUGGCACCACGACAUCACAUCAACCCACGCCUACGGAAUUUUGCGUCGCGCCGCGAUUUAUCAAGUGCAAAUGCGUCUGGGUCUGGAAAGGUUGAACCUGUAUUGCGUGUCUCACAUUCCUGAGAAGUCUGUCUUGCAUGUUGAGCAGCGAAUAAAGCGUCGCACUUUCGUGAUGCAGAGUCGCAGUUUGUAAUGUGUGCUGUGCAUGAGAGAGCGUUCGAAAAUUUUGUCAUGCGUCACUGCACUGAAAGGCUCACCCAAUCAUGACCAUUUAGCAAUACAAGUUUCCAGACCCAGAACAUAUUCGCACUUGAUACGAGUCUCGUCUUAAUGGCGUUGUCUCCCGAAGCGUAUAUCAACAUUUGCUUCCCCAUGAUUGCUAUGAAAUGCAAAAGCAUCGUACUAGUAUCGCAUGACAAAUUCCGUCAGCAUGAAAAAUGGAAUUUGUAAUGCGGAUUUGACUUAACAAAAAGAUUUGUAAUGCAUGAUUGCAAUACGAGUACGAUACUUUUGCAGUGCAUAAUUGCGUUUGACAGCUUCCUCUCCACCUGGAUCCUACCCGACUACGUCUGGCCGGGGCUGUUGCAAUUCUUCAAAACGAUGUUUGACACCGUUUCGCCAGGAAAUAACAGCGCAAACAAUAGUACCAGCGGUAGUGGUUCUUCUGGUAGCAGAAACAACGUCGAGAUGACUUCUUCCUCACUGUCGCGUCACCACAAUGGUACUACUUGUCACGGCAGCACUAUCCCAGAUGAAAAAGUGUUAUACAGUUUACAUACAAGAACAGUGCUAGGAUCUCAUCUUACAUAUUUGUUGUAGUAACUCCAGCAUCACAAUAUUCUUGCUCGGCAUGACACACAGAACUUGCAAUGCAGAGAUGCUAUAAGGGAAAAAACAUGGACGAAACUGGGCUCCAGUGCACCAUCUUCGGCAUGACAGAGCAAGGCUCUCUGGUUUGAUCUGCAACACAGAGUGUAAGCUGUAUACACUUCUUUUUUCUCACGAUAAGCCCCAUCAACGGAAGCUCGCCCACCAUCACGGGCAGCACCCGACCUAGCGGGGGGGACGGAAGUAUCAACUGUAAAAAUGUCUGGGUCUGGAAACUUGUGAUGCUGGUUGGCGUAUCAUGAGGCGGCCACAAGUGCUGGCUCAGCAUGACAAGUUUCUGAGCUUCGAGGUGUUGCCUAGUCUGCAUGACAAACUGCGUUUCUGCAUGACAAAAAAACGGGGCUCUUGGGUAACGUGCAUGACAGACUUUGGGGUCAUGCUGGCAGAACAUGACAGACCUUCCAUUCUUCCAGACCCAGACAUUCUUACAUUUGAUAGGGAGCGUCGAAGUAUUUAACCAGCAUGGGCAGCAGCAGUUUUCUGCUGGCGGUGACUCCCCCCCAUCGAAUUUGAAUUUGGAUCAGGACCGGUCCUCAGGAGGAGCAGGAGCGUUUUCAGGCGUGGACUCACCGCCGAUGGGAGGUGGAAGUAAUAGUGGGAACAGUUAUAACGCUGGCGCCAAUGUUCUUGGUCAGUUACAUCACAACAUACCCGACUCUCCGAUUAUCUCUCCGGCGACUCUAGACCACAUAUGCAUUGCAAAAGCAUCGUACUUAGUAUAAAUUGCUUCACAAAUUUUGGCAAGGAGGAAAGUGAAAUUUGUAAUGCUGUUUUGCCUUUAGGAAUAACAUUUGUCAUGCAUAUUUGCAAUUAGUACGAUACGAGUGCGAUACUUUUGCACAGGAUACCACCAUCAUCACCAGGGAGGGGCGGGGGCAUCCUCGUCCCCGGAUGACAUGGGCGGAGUAUCAAAUGUAAAAAUGUCUGAGUCUGGAAACUUGUAAUGCUACGUUGGGAAUAGUGAAUGCUCUGUAAUGCACAGUCAAGCAUGAGACAUGUCUGCGCUUCUUUGUGUUGCGUUUUCCGCAUGACAAACUGCGUUUUUGCAUGACAGGCAAAAAGGUCUCUUCUUGGACACGCAUCACAAACUUUUUGGUCAUGCCAGACAAGCACGACAAAUCUCGCAAUCUUCCAGACCCAGACAUUUUUGCAUUUGAUACGGAGGGAUGUUAAAUCAAACAGGAGCCUCCUCAUCUUCCGCAGAAGAGCUCGCGGAGACCAUCGUGAACGACCACAUAGCAAGUGUCGUGACUUGGAUUCUGUUAUGCAUUGCACAAGUAUUGUACUAGUAUAAAACGCAUUACAAAGUAAGCUCAGCACAACGACAAUCAAAUCUAUAUGCAAUUUGUAAUGCUGUUUUACGUUAGGAAGAAGAUUUGUCAUGCAUAUCUGCAAUUAGUACAAGUUUUUUUACGAUACUUUUGCGAUGCAUAUCUGUUCGCGCUGCACUUCGUCAAAAUUCUCCAGCUGUUCAUCUUUUUCCUCCGCGAGCUGCACCUGAUCUCCGCAGCAAUGGCGUUUGCGUACGUUUUAUCAAAUGUAAAAGUGUCUGGGUCUGGAAGCAUGCAACUUGUCAUGCUAAAUCUGAAACAUGCAAAAAUCUGUGUUGCAUGAUUACCAAAAUUCGUCCAGUUUUCUUGACCAAGUCGGGAGGCAGUUUCUCAUGCAGGAUAGGCAUGAGAAAGAUCGCACAGAAUCUGUCAUGCUAGGGCUUGCAUUCCAGACCUCAUGGGCCAUGGAAAAGCUGCAUGACAAAUCGCGCAGUCUUCCAGACCCAGACACCUUUACAUUUGAUACGUUUGGCAGCUCGCGGUCUGCUUUUACAACGACACUUUUUUGCAAGACGGGCUGUGGCCGAAGGUCACCCGGUUGUGGGAUAAACUGUUUGGGGGCUGAGGUUGCGUGCUGGACGUAAAAGUGAUUAAUACGGGUGAAGAAGAUCUACUUCUCAUCUUCCUCUUCCAGUAGCACAUCAACUUCUACUCGUGUUUACUUAUGUUAAAAUUGAACAAGAAAACUUAUGAUACCUAUAACUUUUACCCCGCCGCGCAAAUAGAUGAUCAUGAUGGAAAUAAACAGAUCUUCGGUGUAGCGGAGCUAGUUGUACUAGUACAGUGAGCUUUUACUUUUAUCUUUUCCCGCGCCCAAAGCGAAUAGAAGUACGUAUUCAAUUCAUUUGAAACUUGAUUUUAUUGACGCAUUGACCACUUUGAUGACCCAGCAGCACAUCGCUGCUUGAACGAUAGGUGCAAAUUUGUUGUCGAGCUUUUGACAGAAGUGAGAGUAAACUUUAACGUCGAGCACCUACGAAC